AUGUCUGACGCACUCCAACCCCAGAAUCUUACCGACUACAAUCACCAAUACUCACUCGGAACGAACUGGUCCAAGUACGACAUCGGCCACCGGUUGUGUGCUGGAUAUGAUCUUGUGAGCGCUGCAAUGGAUCCACUCUCCAUCAUUGCAAGCGUCGUACAGAUAACGCUUUUCGCUAAAGCGAUCGUGAACGGGCUCGGUCGCUUCGUCGUACAGACCAAGGCGAUACCCGACUCGAUCCAAGAGGUAUACGAAGAGGUCCAGAACCUGGAGCUGGCACUGAACGCGAUCCGCGAGACAUUGGACAAGCGGCCGCACCAACUAUCGUUCGAACGAGGUCACCACGCAAACAUCCAUCGAAUACUGGAGUCGUGCAGAAGCUCACUGGAAGCUUUGAACAACGAACUGCCGCAGCUGAAGGACUACACCAACCCGUUCCAGAAGGUGAAGCUCAGCCUCGAGAAGUCGCUCAAGGAGCAACGCAUCAAGCAGAUCACUCAUCAUAUCAGCUCUUAUACGACGGUCUUGCAACUGAGCCUAACAACACUCUCGCUCGGCAUGCUAUGGCGUACGCAGAAGUCCCAGGAGCAGAUACAGUCCGAGAUUCGCAAACUCACCAACGCCAUCCGCUCGGCACCCCUGUUUUCAGGCUCAAGAUUGUCUGCCACAUCCAUACUUCAAGCCGACCGACCCCCAACCUCUCCCACAGAGGACGAAAGCGAGGCUCUCGGCGGAGCGGUCGGCGAGACUGGCCUAAACCAGGAAAUCCGCGACUGGCGUAGAAGUGCCGACGACGUCGCCACGGCGGUGUCUCUUGCCACGGCGGUGUCUCUCAAUGACAUAGACGUCGGCGGGCACCCACCAAUACACCCGGACGCCUCCGUGAGUGCUGACGUGCUCCCGAUCAACACCGACGUAGAAGACACCUUCGAUCCGGAGCCCAAUCAUCCCGAUGUACAAAGCCGCGAGAUCCUCGAGUUCCAACUUGAGGCCAACCAGGACAUCGUCCAACACCUAGUAAGAUGCGGCAUCUUUUCGAAGGCGUCGCAAUUCCAGCGGAAGGGCAUCGAGCUGCGGCAGCAGCUGAGCCACAUUCGCAUAGACAAUGCCAACAAUGAUGUCGACGCAGAUGGAUUUGUUCUAUUAUCAAGCUCUUCGACCGCAAGUGAAGAGCUUAUGGGAAUGCGGGAGAAGCUUGCAGAUAUCCUAUUAGACUGUGAUGGCGCCGAGACAGAUAUCGAAAGGAAGGAGGUGCUGCAGACACUGCUACGGGAGGAAAUCUCUGCACAGGCUGCGCGCGAAACCAUCGAAGACAUGGAUAACGAAUCCGACGAUGCGGACCGCCGAUGCCGGCUGUACCACAAGCUGGGUAGUCUCUAUAAGGAGCAAGGCAACCUCCGACAGGCACGCACAUUCCUCAGCCGUGCCUUCGAAGGCCGUAGGAAGGUAGACCCCAUGCCGCAAGAGCUCAUCAAGGAGUCGGCCGAGCUGCUGGUCGAGGUCCUGAAGCUGAGCCAGGCCUUCGACGAGGCGCGCGGGAUCUGGGAGUGGAUACGCAAGGAGAUGCCACCACCACCACCGCCGCCGCCGUCAGCAGCAGCAGAUUCAUCACCAUCGGCAUCGCCCCCGCCCGCCUCGCCAGAGGGAGGACGGCGUCGUGCUUCCUCAUCGACACCGCCGUCGUCGCCGGAGAACGUAGGCUUGGGCAUCGACCUGACGAGCGCGUACCAGUGGUGCAAAGAGCACCACCUAGACGUCGACAGCCCGACCUUCUGCUUCGACGUCUGUGACGCCACAACGGGCAUGACGCCCAUGCACCGGGCGAUCGAGCUCGGGAAGCUGGAGAUACUGCGGUACAUGCUUCCGCACGUUCCACACGUCGAGCAGCGGGACACGUCGGACUCGACGCCGUUGCACCUUGCCGCGUCGAGGCGCGACAAGUACAUCACGGCGCUGCUCCUCGACUACAACGCUGCCGUCGAUGUGCGGGACCGCAACGGCGCCUCCCCGCUGCACAGAUGCCAGCACGCGUCCGGCGGCACCAAGGUGGCCGAGAUGGUGCUGGGGCGCUGCCCCGAGAUCGUGGACGGGCAGAACAACUUUUGCAAGACGGCGCUCUACAUGGCGUGCGAGAAGGGCAACGCGAAGAUGGUCGCGCUUCUGCUGGGGCGGACGGGGCGGGCGAGGCCGAACAUCCCGGGACCGGGGAAGUGCACGCCGCUCGUGGCGGCCAUCGACGUUGUGGCGCGGUCGGCGCGGAAGAUCGCCAUCGUGGAGCUGCUGCUGCGGCACGGGGCCGAUCCGAGCAUUGCCGAUGCGGAUGGCAGGACGGCGUUCAUGGCGGCGAGUGAUGCGGGCCUCGCCCGCGGAACCAUCAGGCGGCUGUUGAAUGAGGCGCCGGUGCGGAGGACAAGCGUCGUCAGUACGGCGAGCAGGACAAAUACGACCAGAUUAGGCCAUAGUAGUAGUAGGGGUUCCCAAUGA